AUGGGCCACCAGCGUGGUCCGAAUGGCCCGUCCGAAGAAGGUGGGACUGUGGAGGUACCAGUGGCAGCACCUCUGAUGGAUCAAGUUGCUUUGCAUCCUCUUCAAGGCGAACAACCACAGAAUGUUCUUCUCCACCAGGCGGCAGUCAACACGGGGAUAGAUAUGGAUCUCCCCACCUUUCCCUCAAAUCAGUCCGUGGAUUUUGACAACGAAACCGCUGCCUUUAUAUGGGAAGAUAUCGACCUGGGUGACCUCAAUUCAUAUUUCUUGGACCCCUUACGCUCGUUGGAAGACUGUCCGAGUCGUCUUCCAAAAAUUACGCAAACAAGGCCAGACCCCGGAAAACUUGCAGAGGAAACCGGUCUAGCACAGAGCCACAAUGCUGCGGCCGCCGCUGUGGAGCAACUGUGGUUUACAAGGCUUGAAAGCGACUGCGGUAAUACAGCUAAUAAGCUUGCACAUACUGCCUCCGGUGAAUCGACUCCGAAGGGAUCGAAAUGUGCUCGCGAAGAUAUCAACGAAGUAUAUCGCAUUAACCUGACUAACAGGCUCCGCCCACGAUAUUCUGAGGAACCACUACCAUCAACUGACUUCUUGAAGCUCAGUUUGCAGAUGUAUUUCGAUCGUGUAAACCCAUCGUUUCCGAUUUUCCAUGCUGCUACAUUCCGACCAACAGAGGAGAAUGGCUUUCUUCUCUUGUCUCUCUGUGCUCUUGGCUGUCUCUUCGUCGGGAGUGAGGAAGCUACACGCUACGGGUCUACCCUUUUUGAAAGACUCCUCCGAGCAAUGAUGACCUCGUGGGAUUUCGUCAUCGCUAAGCAUGCAGAGGAGAAAGUACCUAUGGUCCAGACGGCUCUAAUAGGACAGACUUUCAUGAUGUUAUCAGGAAACCCUCGCCAUGUCGCCAUCGCUUCAGCUUUUCACGGCACAGUGAUAUCGUGGGCUCGACGCGCAGAUCUGAUGACUUUGAAACACGAGCCUGUCAACCUUGAAGGCCUAAGCGGAUCUCAGCUGGCAAGUGCCUGGCGUAGCUGGGCACGGCGAGAGGAAAUGCAAAGGACGGCACUCGCGGUUUUCAUCCACGACGCCGAGCUUGCAGCUUUAUUUCACCACGAACCAUUUCUUCGGUAUGGCGGUAAAAAUGCGCCCAUAGCCAGCUCCUCGGAAGCCUUCUCUGCAGCUACGGUCAACAGCUGGGUGCGGGCAAUGCGGAAAGACACGAAUAAUGGGCUACACGACGGGGCCGCUGCGACUCCCUCUCCAUCACUAAGAUACCAGCUACCAAACGAAGCAUGCUCUCACAGCAUGUUCAGUGCAUAUGUUAUCCUGGAAUGUAUCGGCGCUGCCAUCUGUGAAGAAAGGGUGGCCGGCACGCUCGACACCACCGCGGCACGAAAAUAUGAAACGGAUCUCAUCGCGUGGUAUGAGGUGUUUGGAGAAAAGGCAAAGGCCGAAUCCGAUCCUCAGUUUUUACUCGUCCUCUGGCACUGGACCUUCAUCUCGCAAUUCGUCGAUCUAAAUCGUUUGGAGUUAGCGGCAGGGAAGAAGGGAGUCGUGGCUGCAGACUCGUCUGUCGAAUACUUGACUGAGUGGUCUUCUUCGGUUGCGUCGAAGAGAUGUCUAAUCCACGCUUAUCUCCUCCAGAAGCACAUGGAGGGCAGGUCAACGCGACGUCCUGUGGCAAUCCACGUUCCUCGAUGUCUCUUUUCCGCCGCUAUCUCCUGGUCGUCAUUCUUCCUCGCACUCCGCAAUAACGCGACCCAGGAUAUCGAGGGAUCCCAGAAGAACGUGGGCUUCGCAGAGUUCCGCAUGCUCGGCCUGGAUUUCUCCCACCAGUGGUCCGACGUAAUCGGCUUUCGGAACGGCAAUGUCGUGACGAUCAUGGGAAACACUCUGUGUACACUGGCGGAUAUGCUCAGGCAGACUGGCCAUUGGGGAAUUGCCCAGCGGUUUGCCCAAAUUCUUGGUCCCCUCAUUCACGAGGGGGACGAAGGUCUGCUUCCGCACUAG